CUUCAUGAAGUUUGGAAGGGUUUCCCUAAACAGACUAUGCUGCCCUCACAGUACUGGUAUUAUAUGAUAGAACUGGGCUUCUACUGGUCUCUCCUGUUCAGAGUGGCAUUUGAUGUCAAGAGGAAGGACUUCAAGGAGCAGAUCAUCCACCAUGUGGCCACCAUUGUUCUGAUCAGCUUUUCAUGGUGUGCAAAUUACAUUCGAGUGGGCACUUUGGUCAUGGUCAUCCAUGAUUCUUCAGACUUCUUCUUGGAGUCUGCCAAGAUGUUUAACUACGCCGGCUGGAAAGAGACCUGCAACAAUAUAUUUGUGGUGUUUGCUUUAGUGUUCAUCAUUACAAGGAUUGUCAUUUUGCCCUUCUGGAUCUUGCACUGCACCUGGGUCUACCCUAUAGAGAUUUACCCG